CCAGAGAGAGACGAGAGACGAGAGACGAGAGAAUGGGAGGAGUUUUAUCAACUGUGUUUGGAAGUGGAGAAGACGCAGCUCCAGGGACUGAAUCUGAGCCAAGUCGUGUCCUCAAGUUUAGCUCUUCCGCUCGAUGGCAACUUCAUUUCAACGAGAUCAAAGAAUCCAACAAACUGCUGGUGGUUGAUUUCUCGGCUUCAUGGUGUGGACCAUGUAGGAUGAUUGAGCCUGCGAUUCAUGCCAUGGCUGAUAAGUUCAAUGAUGUUGAUUUCGUCAAAUUAGAUGUUGAUGAACUUCCUGAUGUGGCUAAAGAGUUUAAUGUGACGGCAAUGCCAACUUUUGUGCUGGUGAAAAGGGGUAAAGAAAUUGAAAGGAUCAUUGGUGCCAAAAAGGACGAACUUGAGAAGAAAGUUAGCAAACUCAGAGCAUAGUGAACAUUUAUUAACACCUUCACCAAUAGCCUUUGUGUAAACUCAAUGAUGAAUGGUAUGUUGUGGGGAAUGUGAUGUUCUAUGCUCUCUGCUAAUGUAAGACCUUCUGUGUGAUGCCGUGGUUGAUUAAAAUGGUUUGUUGAAA